AUGCGGAUUUUCACAUAUAAACCGUAUGAAGCAUAUUUUCUUCUUCUCACCACCGGAAUGACGGCAAAUAAUGAAUUGUUAACACCGUCCGAUUCGGCCACCUCAAUUUAUGCCACGAAAUUGGCUCAGUAUGAGGAAUAUUUUGAUGCAACUACGUGCGGAUACGAUAAACAGUGUGUUCUACCGUCUGAGUGCUAUGGCGGAUGCAACGGGAUGGGUUUCUCUUACCAGGGCAAUGACUAUGUGAUCGAAUGUUCAGCACUUCCGAACCAGAAGUACAGCUUGAAGUUCUCCUAUAAUGACGCUACACCGAAAAAUGUCCGAAUUGCUGGUGAAGAGACAAUACGCUCCAACUACUUUUUAAAUGGCAUGGUUGGGUCCAACGAUGCUCAGCUUUACUGCACUGCAGUAGUAAACGUCUCUGGUUGGAGUGGAAGCGAUGAG